AUGGUGAAGGAGGAGAUUGCUGCUGGUGUCUUCUUUGUGUCUCAGCUGAUAAAGACAUAUAUGGCUGUUUCAAUAAUGAGUCCAGGGAAGCGCUUUGCUGAUGCACUCAUCUCUGUUGUUUUUGAGAACUACAAGUACCACUGGCACUGCAAUGCACCCAGCAAGAGUCAGAUCAGCAGGCGUCUGAGUAUGAACUGUGUGCAGCUGCAGGAUCGAGCAGACGCCGUGAGAUUUGAGGACUUGGGUCUGCCCAAGGAGAUCACCAUUUGGGCCGAUCCCGGAGAGGUUCUCUGUAGUGAUGGUCAAUACAGCACCCCAUUCUGCAUCUCAGUGGUGGACAGCAGGCGGUGGGGAGAUGGAGAGGUUUACCUCCAUAUCCAUGAAGCUGUCGAGUGUGCCAGCCUUGACAUCCACUCAGGCUGCUCCUCAGAUGAAGAGAAGGAUGGAGAAGAUGACAGGAGCUAA